UGAGACAGUUGAGAAGUUCACCGGAUUGCUUCAGACUAAAAUGCAUCUCUCCGUCAUCCUUGUGGCUCUCACCUUCACAAAGUGGCUCACUGUACACUGGGUCACCGCAACCGUGGUUGAUGAUUUCAACCAUGUUGAGAGAUGCAAGGAUUCACUCUACAUGGGAACCCCACCACGGGGCUUCAAUGAUCCCAGACUCAAAAAGAUUUGUCAGCGCUACUCUGACAAACCACGAUAUGUGACCCUGUACGACCCUAAAAAACGUAUCCCAGUGUACUCUGCAUAUACCUUCAAGAAAACAGAGGGUGAUCGCCGUGUGGACUACCCCUGGAUGUAUGAGCCUCAGCUUGCAGAACUUGAUGGAAAUGGGAACAUGUUGCCUUUCCCUACUGGCUACCUACAUAUGAAGUUUGAGGAUAGCCAGGCCGUUUUGGAAGACUACUCUGAUGUGGUACUGUACGAGAGAGGCCAUCUGAACCCCGACCAGCACCAGUCUGACCCCCGUGACCGAGCUGCCACCUACACACUCACCAAUGUUGUUCCAGAGGUGCGGGAGUUCAACAUAGGACCAUGGCGUGAAUAUGAAGAGCGCAUUAGAGUACGGCUCAACAACUACUGCCGGGGCACGGCCUACAUAAUUACUGGGGUUACCUCUACCGGUAAUAUGAUCCGACGUAACAACCAGAAUAGGGUUGGCAUCCCUGACGAAGUGUGGUCUGCCUACUGCUGCACUGACUAUGACCGGAAUGCACCACACAUAGAACGCAUCCACUUCCCAACCCAAGGGGCCCUCGCCAAGAAUGCCAAGGAGGGGAAUGCUGUACAUGAGCUCAUAUUGAUGGACUUGGAGGAGUACCUGAAGAAAAGAAUUGAUGUAGACCAGAACUUCCAACUGUUCUAUGAGAACUGCAAAGCUCCUUCCCCUCUUCCUCCCUACCUGUACCAUACUAUAUGAUCUGACCCCUCUUCAAUUUACAGCUUUGCUUUGGUUGAGGUUUCCUUUUUCAGAAGUUUAAAUAAGGUUUAAAUACAGCAGUCUGAUAUUGAAGCUGUUUAUGGAAAAUAUGUCACUUUAUGGUGUAAAAAAAUGGCUGUGUGAGUGAAAACAACUUUGGUUGCUUAGUUUAGUGUAGCGAUGCAUUUUUUUUUGUUUUUUGUCAGCUCUCUUGUCUACACUUGGGAAACCAUUUUAUUGUCUUUAUCUUAACAUUGUACUCCAUGCACAAUGUAAAUGUGACCUGCCUCAAUUUGCAUAUACACAUUAAAUGGCUCACU